ACUGGGCUUGUUUCCAUAGAGCUGGUUGCUUGUUUCUCUCGCGAGAUCUGGCAACACUGGUUGUUUUGUGGUUGUGCGUGUUUUGACUUAAGUUUCGUUUCUGUACUUGCAGCGCGUUUGAUGCUUCUGCAGUAGAUUUUGCCUAUUUGCAGCGCGUUUGUUUCUUUUGCAUACCUGAUGAGAUGUAAUAAAAGUCCACCUCUACCGGACUCACCUGAGACAACCCGGACGACACGCCAUGAAGGACUGACAGUAAGAUUCACCUUUAGAGCAAAACUAGACCGCUGUAGGCGGGAAUACUCGGAAUACUCGGAAUACCAGGAUACUGGGAAGAUCUGGACUUUUAUCUGAAACUGAAUCCACAAACCGGAUAAGACAUUUAAAAAGAACGAAGAAUACAGAUAGAAGGAACUUUCAGUGACAGGGAGUGACUCCCAGCUGUUUGUCUGCUGCGUCUUCAGACUCUGAGAGAAAAUGGCGUCCAAGUUAGAGGAAGAUCUGAGCUGUCCUGUCUGCCUCGACAUCUUUAAAGAUCCAGUCAUCCUGUCCUGCUGUCACAGCUUCUGUAGAGUGUGUGUGCAGGACUGCUGGAAGGAGAAGGAAAACAAGGUGUGUCCGGUUUGUAAGAGGAGACAGUCAAAGAGAAGUUUACCUCCUAACUUUGCUUUAAAGAACCUGUGUGAGACUUUUCUGCAGGAGAGAGAUCAGAGAGCUUCAGAGGAUCUCUGCAGUCUGCACUCUGAGAAACUCAAACUCUUCUGUCUGGACCAUCAGGAGCCGGUGUGUCUCGUCUGCAGAGAUUCAGAAAAACACAGCAAACACACAUUCAGACCCAUCGAUGAAGCAGCUCAACAACACAAGCAGAAACUUCAGGAAACUCUGGAGCCGGUAAAGAAGAAGUUAAAUGUUUGUAAACGAGUUAAAGUGAAAUUUGAUCAAACAGCAGAACACAUUCAGGUCCAGGCCCGACACACAGAGAGGCAGAUUAAGGAGCAGUUUAAGAAGCUUCACCAGUUUCUAAUAGAGGAAGAGGAGGCCAGGCUGCGUGCACUGAGGGAGGAAGAGGAGAAAAAGAGUCAGAGGAUGAAGGAGGAGAUGGAGGCUCUGAGCAGAGAGAUAGCAGCUCUUUCAGACUCAGUCAGAGCCACAGAGGACGAACUGGGAGCUGCAGACGUCUCAUUCCUGAAAAACUACAAGGAUGCAGUGGAAAAAGUCCAGCAGCGCCCCCUGCUGGAGGAUCCACAGCUGCCCACAGGAGCUCUGAUAGAUGUGGUCAAACACCUGGGCAACCUGAGCUUCAACAUCUGGAACAAGAUGAAGGACAUGGUCUCCUACAGUCCGGUCAUUCUGGAUCCAAACACUGCUCGUUCAUACCUCACCCUGUCUGAUGAUCUGACCUGUGUGACACGAGGACAGGAGCAGCAGCUUCCUGAUAAUCCAGAGAGGUUUGAUUAUUACAUCUCUGUCCUGGGUUUUGAGGGCUUUAACUCAGGGACUCACAGCUGGGACGUCCAGGUUGGAGACAGUACACGCUGGGGACUGGGUGUGUUAGCAGAGUCUGACAAGAGGAAGGGAGACAAACGGUCUGGAUUAUGGAGAAUAGGGUUAUAUGAUGGUGAAUAUGGAGCACGCUCCUCAUCACAUCCAGUCACUGUUCUCUCCAUGAAGAAGAACCCUCAGAGGAUCAGAGUGAAUCUGGACUGUAACAGAGGAGAGCUGUCGUUCUCUGAUCCUGAUACUAACACACACAUACACACCUUCACACAAAUACACAUCUACACACACACUUUCACUGAGAGGAUGUUUCCAUACAUUAACACUCAGGGUAAAGUGAAGAUUUUACCAAAGAAGAUCUCUGUGACUCUGGAACAUCACUAAUACAUGAUAAAGAUGAAGAUGAUAUUGUUCUGAUGGUUUUGUCUGUGAUUCUUUUAGGAUUGUGUGACUGCGUUGUCAUGGCGAUGAUGAUGGUGAUGAUUACGAUAUUAUUCUUAUUGUUCGUCUGUGAUUCUUUUAGGAUUGUGUGACUGCGUUGUCAUGGUAAUGAUGUUUUUGUUGAAACAUUCUCUAUAACUUGGAGUUGGAGUUUAAUGUGCUGUCCUGUAUUGUGUUUUUAUGCUCUCGGUGAAAUUUCCCCCUCGAGGCAAUAAAGGUUUUCAUUCAUUCA